UAGACUGAUGUUUUGUCAUUCUUGAAAUCUAAUAAUGACAUUUAUGCUGCGUAUCGUAAAUGGAUGUUUGUGUAUUUGUGACCACGGAAAUAUCCGAACAUUGCCGAUAGGAAGUAAACACGAUAAACAUGGAUGGAAUACAGUUUCUUGAUUUGCCAUACGAAAUCAUAGAACUAGUUCUUAAAACUUCAUCAGUUCAACUUAAUGAUUUAGUGAGCGUUUCAUUGACAUGUCGAAAAUUGCAUGACGUUUGCUUAAGCAAUGACCUUUGGAAAGUAAAACUGAAGCAAAGAUGGUCAUCCCUGCUAGAUAUGUAUGACAGGAAAACACCACGGCAAUGGCUUGACGUUUAUAAACAGCGCCACCUGUUUGGAAAAAGAACACUAAGUAUGGUGCAGCAACUGUCGUCGCAGUUCUACAACAUGCAGGAAAUAUCCAAGGAUGGUUUCAGUUCAUUUUCCUCCCUUCUUGAUGAGCACCAGCAUGCCAGUACAUCGGUGGUUGAUGAACUCAUGCAAAUUGUGCAUGAUGGAAAAAUAUAUGAGAAUCUAACAAGAAAAUAUUACGCUGAGAAGGUUUUGCGGAAUAUCCAACAGCUGCAUUUAACAAAGAAGUGGCAGGAACUUCUCAGUCGCCCACCAGCUGAACAAAGACUGGAAACAGGUGCUGUGUUAAUCAGUCAAUGGUGUCAGCCGACCGUUAAUAUCGCAGAAAAUGUCAUCAGUGAUCGUCUUAACAACAUUGCUCAACAAGUUCGUUACAGCCUGCAGUGUCGGUGCCAAGACCACCCAGCUUGUAGGCCAGUAGAGUUACCUGAUCAAAUGAGUACUUCACUUUGGAGUCCAGAACAGAGCAGACUAGUGUUGGAAUCGGUGAACUGUGUUCUCUUUGAAGACCAGGGUUUCCGGGGCAAUGAUUUAAUGUACUAUAGUCCUGAAAAUUCAUUCAUUAACAAGGUGUUGGAGACAAGGAAAGGUAUUCCCAUCACGUUGUGUAUUCUAUACAGCUGUGUUGCUAGGCGACUGGGUGUUCUCUGCGAACCUGUGAAUUUUCCAACCCACUUCCUACUUCGCUGGAUGGAAAACCCAAUGGCAUCACCCAACCAGCAAUAUACCUACAUCGAUGUGUUUCGAAAAGGCAUUUUCAUGAAGCAGGAGGAAUGCUGCGCGGUCUUGGAUAUCCCUGCCUCCAUGGGUUCUAACAACGACAUUUACCACAGUGUGGCACCACAACAGGUAUUUGAGAGAAUGGCACGUAACUUGGUUGGGAUUGGCCGACAUCAGAGUCAGAUGGGAGACACUUUGAUGUGUUUGAGGAACGCGCUGGAAUUACUUCUCACAAUCUCACCAGACGACCUUGAGAUGAGGCUACUGGAAGUGCGCAUCUAUCUCCACUUGAAUAUAAACCUUCCACAAGUUCUGGACAGUCUUCAGAGAAUCGCCGAUCUCGACGCAAGUCGAAUGGGAGUCGUCGCGUAUUUACAACAGGAAGCCGAGAUGCAGAUGCAGGAAAACAAUUCCAGUAAAAAUAAUAAAAAGAAGAAGCUGAAAUUGAGGGAAGACAAUAAAGAUGUAAAGUUUUCAGUGGGAAUGGUCAUGAAGCACAAACGAUAUCUCUACAUGUGCGUGAUAUACGGGUGGGACAACACGUGCCAGGCCAGUGAUGAGUGGAUUUUACAGAUGGGUGUCAACAAUCUGCCUUACAAACAGCACCAGCCAUUUUAUAACGUUCUCGUUGAAGAUGGAAGUAACAGAUAUGCAGCACAAGAAAACAUGUUGUAUUUAGAUGAUCCCAAAGUGAUCAGCCACCCGGAGGUAGGACGGUACUUUGAGCAAUACUGUUCGACUCAUUACAUUCCUAAUGAAGAAAAACGGACGGAAUAUCCUGAUGACGUGGCCGAGACGGAGAGACUGGUCACAGAGUACUAUGGCUCCAGUGUCAGAUAACAGAUUAUUGUGCUCAACGCUGUUAACAGUUGUAUUUCAAAGAAAGGAAUGUUUAACAACACCCCAGCACAUGGUUUAAUCAGCAGAUUUGUAAUAUUCUAAUCCAACAGCAUUUGUGCAAUAUCAAAAAUAAUGUAGAGAUUUUAUGUUAUCGAUAUUAAGAUGGCAGUAAUUCCUCCAUCAUGUGGGAAAAAAAAAUUCACAAGAUCUGGUACAACGUUUUCAGGCCCUAAUCUAGAAUUGAAAAAGUAGGUGAAGUGACCUCUCCUUUUCCAGAAAAAUGGGGAGAAGUUUGAUGAAAAUACAGGCUUGCAAGCGGGCCCUUAUUUUCCUAAUUUUCCUUAUUUUUUUACAGCAGCCCUAAUAUUCCUUAUUAAAGCUUCAAAAUCCUAAAAAGCCCAAAUGUUUUGGUGAAAAUCCUAAAUUUAGAAUUUUUUUGAUAAAUGCAACAUAAAAUAAGUGUUGGAAUUAAUUAAAUCUAGCCUUAGUAUACUUUCAGAUAAUGAAUAUGUUGAAUUAAUGUAUUUCUCAGAAGACAUCUUGGUGGUUAUAAGCAUCAUAUUCAGCAUGGAUUUGCACCAUAUCAGAUUAUUUUAAUCUGGUUGUAUUGAUAUGCUGAAUAUCGCUGUUGAUGACCAUUGGCAUGAUCUUCUGAGUUGGUAAUUAGCUUUUGUAUUUAUGUUCUCCCUGGAGGUGAGUACAGAAUGUUUUUCUUUUAUAUUGAUUAUUGAAUUUCAGUCCUUAUUUUUGUCAAAAAAUUCCAAAAAAUUCCUAAAAAUAGCCCUUAUUUUUAAAGAAUUUUGCCCUAAAAAAAGCCCUUAUUUUUCACAAAAUCUUGCUUGAAAGCCUGAAAAUAGGCAAAGUGAACAUCUGUCAGUAGAUUUCAUAAUCUUUCUUCAUGUUUCGCAUUCAUUUGGAAAGAUUCCGAUUUAUACACUUGUUUUGAAUCCUAAUAUUUUGUUGUCAGAUAUUGGAAAUAAAAUUUAAUCAAAAGAGUUUAAUAUUUGAGAACCAAACAUUGCUUCACUGGUCAACUACAGAUGGUGUGCAGUACGUUGAUGUAGUCUCAUAUCAAAGUAAAAUAAGGUGUUAAGUAAACUGACACUAAACAAGUCGGUGAUCUUCACAUCUGUUGUGGGAUUUUGUUCUUGAUAUUGGAUUACGUUCAAAAUAUUUUGGUGACUUUGACUUCUCACUACUGUUAAUAAGUUUGUGACCGAGUACUUUUGGUGAAAAAAAAAGCAUCAGUUUGGAAGCUAAAUUAGGGCCUGCUUUUUAGACAACAUAUGUAACUAAAAUAUCCAUCAGUUAAAAGCAGGAAGAAACUAACAAAACAUUAGAUUUUGUCUUGUAAAACGGUAUAUCUGGUAGCAGUUUCACAGACAAGUAUUUGUUAUUUAUUCUGUAGCACCACUGUCAGAUAGCAGCUCACAGAUGAAGAUGAAAACAAGAAAAUGUUCAGGAAAAUAGAUAACUCAAAUAGCUGCAUGUGAAAUAUUUAACAAAUCUGAUUAGUUGGUUAUUGUGUGGGGGGUUUUGUGAUUGAAUACAAUUAUGCAUUUAUAAAUUGACAUUUUGUAAGUUACACAAUGUAUGAAAGACCUGUACAUUAUUUUUGAAUGCCAGUGUUGCAUGGAAUGUAUUGAUCACUCCAAUGUGUUACAAGAAGAAAAUGGGUACAUAGUUUGUGUUAAACUAGUGGGAAGUUUUCCGUUAACCCAGCUGAACUUUCAUCCUGAAGGUCCUUUGUUCAUACCACAACAUGAGCAUAAUUAUUUAUAUAAUUAGAAAAUACUCAUACUCGUUACUCAGCAGUACCGUUUGUCUUGAACAAGUGAAUUGAUGUUGUCCUUCCCUCAACAAAGGCUCGGGAAGAAAUACAUCAAUUCACUCAUGCAAGAUAAAUGGUAUUGCCGAGUAGUGAGUUGUAUAUUUUAUUUAUUACCCAUUAUCAAUCAGUAUCAUUUUAUGGAAGAUUUUCAAAUGAUACUCUUAUUGAAAAGAAGUUUGUAAGUUGAGAACAAGAGACAGCAUUGCAUCAUAGCUGUGACAUAUGUAUUGCUGAUGACAUGUUAGUUGGUAACAUGCCACCAUGAAAACUAUUCUUUCACUUAAUACAGUUGUUUGUUGUUGCCCAACAGUGGUGAUGUCAAAGCCUAUAGUGAAACACUGGUUAUGACAUCAAAACGUAUCUGGGGAAGAUCAAUUUUCUUUCCUCACAUCUCUCUGCCCCUACAGGUAAUAAAUAUAAUUACAAACUUCCCGCCAUUAUACGAUUUACUCUUUUCUGAUUGGACGACGUCAUUUAAAAACUAAAUGUUAUUCUUUGAUAAACCUCAAAAGAUUACGUCAUUACGUAAAAUAUAGAAAGAACGUUAGAAACUGAUUUAUGUGUAUUUUAACUAAAUAAGUUGUUUUAUUUUUUAAUUCUAAAAAUUGUUUGACAUUUUUGUGAAUUUAUUAAUGUGUAACAGUUACAAAUUGUGUAAAUCACUUCACAAUUUUAUACAAUUUGUGACUGUUAUACAUCAAUGAAUUCAAAAAAACCUAAAACUUUUUUUUAAAUAUUUUGAUGAUUGCAUGAUUGUAUUGAUCAGCAUAAAUUAAUGUGUUAUAAGGAAAUGGGUAAAUAGCUACUAGAAUUAGCUUAGUGGGAAGUUCCCCCGUCAACACAGUUGGACUUUAGUCCUGGAGGUCCCUUGUUAAAACCAUGUCACGUUCAGCUGUUAUUUGUGUCAUAAAUAUUUGAGCUUUUAACAAUGUACAUGAACAGAAAUAACACAAUCUCCAUCAAGGUCUGGUGUAUGUUGUUAUAUAUACAUGUAUUUGGUUUGUUGUGUCUGUGGUUCAAGCACACUCUCCUGGACACUUUCUGUCUUGGAAGACAUUAACAGUUAACAGUUAAUGGGGUUUCUGAGAAUUGAAAUUCAUGUAACUCAGUUAUGCAAAAUAAGAUUCGCUAAUGAAAUAAUUGUUCUUGCAAUGUUCAGAGGCUGGGAUAAUUGUAGACAAGUUGGUGUAGUGACCUUCAACUCUAAUCUACUCCGAGGAACCAUGCAGUUGCUUGGAUAUGAAUGUAGCACCUUCCAGACUUACAAACACUUGUAUGUUUCUUUAUUUUGAAAACAAAAAACAUAGUUGGGCAUUUAUGAUGCCAAAGGCUGAUAUAAAUGCUGUUAAAGUUUCACACAACAAAUAGUCUUCUACACCUAAAUAUCAAGUCUUGAGAAUGUAGAGAUCUAAGACUACAGGGAAGACGAUGUCAGUUAACAAAAUGUCAUUUCUGAAAAUGACAUUGACCUUCUAUUUACAUUUCUGAAAAUGACAUUGACCUUCAAUUUACAUUUCUGAAAAUGACAUUGACCUAUUUACAUUUGAAAUGUUUUGCUCAUAACAAUUUUUUUUAAAUAUAGAUAAUAAAAAUAAUAUUACACUUGCAUGCAGGUUGUACUGAUUUUAUGAACUCGUAUCACGAUUCAUGUAUUAUUCUCGCUCUUGCUCAGGCAAUACAAGAAUCCUGACACUUGUCUUUUUUAAACAUGUUGAAUAAAAGCUUGAACUAUUCUUAUGGGGAAUUCCCCAUGUUAUUGUUGGAGAGUUUAUAGCAGGUUUGAACAGUUAUUUUAAAUUUAUUUUGUAGAACCAAAUUAGAGGUUUCCUGGGAUUUAUGUGACAUUCUGUAUAUUUAUUACAUGUCGGGAGGCAAUUUUGUUAUUAUACACCCACCAACAAAAUUAAGUUGUAUUUAAGCAAUGUUUGUACAGAGAGACACCCCCCCCCCCCCCCCCCCCCCCCAUGACCAGAGAGCUGAUCUUGACAACAGGAAUAUACUUCAAAUACAUCUAAAGCUAUCUUCAAAUAUGAAAAUUUCCUAUCGAGGGGGGGGGGGCCUUCAAAGGCUCAAGACUGGACCCCCCCUGCUAAAAUUCCUGGAUCCGCCCCUGCAAUGGGAUGGAUGAACAGUUUGUUUUGGACAAACCACCAUCCCAACUUGCUCCUACAUGUGUCUUUUAUGGUCCUGUAUGCAAGAUAUGGUCCGGACAAGAAAAAGUUAACAGACAGACGUACAACGCCAUACCAUAAUACGACCCAUCAUAGAUUGGCGUAUAAAAAUCAGUUGAGGGUUGGAAGUUAGGUUCAUGUUUGGCUGAAACUUGUAGAAUGUGAACAGAGUAAUAGAUGUAUUGGUGGCUAGAUAGUCUGUUUUUAAUUUUUGGCUUAAUUACAAGUUUCAUUCUACACUAUGAUGUGCUCAAACCAUACAUGUGUAUGGCAGCUAUUCUCAAAAGUGUUAAUGUACACAUUUUACUGUGUGUUAUAUUUUGUACCGUUUGUGUUUGUAAAUACAUGUAAAUGCAUCCAUGGUUGUGCAUUUAAAAUUUGAUUAUUUAUAUUUUUAAUGUAACAAUAUAAUAACACUUGUUAUAAUUCACCUGUUCUUACAAUUGAAUAAAAUAAAGAUGGAAAUAAAA